AUGUCAAAACAUAACAAACUGGCCUCAUUAGCACCUGCCAACAAAACUCAUCCCCUGACUGAAUCAUCAUCAAAAUUGAGAAAACAAAAACAAGAGCAGAAAGAUUUAGAUGACAUAGAGGAUGAUCUUUUACUCCAACAGAAUGUAUCCAACUUCACAAACGACCUCAUUAAAAGCGUCAACCGAGAUAUCCAAAGAGAGUAUGACAGUGUCAGUCGAUAUCAUGCCGCUAUAAAAGCCCUAACUCGAAAUCUAAUCAAUGGCUCUUAUGAUGAUGAACAUCAUGCUAAUCUAACUCUGCCUUCUUCAAAUAAUAAGACACCUCUGACUAAAAUAAACAUCAGCCGAUAUAAUGUUCAAUGUUCAUUCAAAGAGAAACCAAUAUGGCUUGAAGAUGCUUGCACGGACCGAUGUAUGUUGUGCGACGUAAGGUUCACAUUUACCAGAAGGAAACAUCAUUGUAGGCUCUGUGGAAUGAUAUUUUGUAGUGCAUGCACAGACAGAAGAACAGCAAUUCACUUUCUCAAUAAUAACAACAACAACCAAAAUAAUAAUAAUAAUAAUAACAACAAUAAUAAUAAUAACAAUAAUGAAAGCAAUAAUAAUAAACUUGUAAGAGUUUGUCUGCUCUGUUACAAGCAGUACAAAAAGAAGUUUCCAAGAGAAUCAGGAGAUCAUUACUAUUAUCAUGAUGUUGGUGAUGACGACGAUGAUGACGUAGGUUUAGGACCAAUGGUGUCCUUCAAUGCAAUCCAGUACAAUGUUACUAACCAAACGUUCCGAAGUUUGUUACUCACGGACCCAAGACCAUUAUGCUUUCUAAUAAAUCCAAAUUUAAUAGUUCUUGUUAAGCUCCUGUCGAGGAAGUGCUUAUCGUCAUCAUCUUUAUCAAAUCAGCCUUACGAAAAUAAUGAUGGUGAUGAAAAUGAUUACAAAAACAGCAGCAAAAGUAAAGACUAUGAUGACGUCGAUGAUAUCAUCAAUGAUAUCAUCGAUGAUAUCAUUGAUGAUAUCAUCGAUGAUAUCGCUGAUGAUGACGUCAUUAAUGUUAGUUCAUCAUCGCGUGUGCGUGUAAAUAAAAAUGAUGAAGAUGUCGAUAAGGAUGACGAUGAUGACGAUGAACUCAGUGUCAUCGUACCUGCCAAUAUGAAUAAUGAUGAUGGUAAUGAUGGUAACGACGAUAAUGAUGAUGAUGAGGGAUAUAUUCUGUUGUUUAUAACGCGAGGUAUGAACGUUGUCAGCCAGAAGGAAAUUGUUUUAAUGAUGAAAUGCCACAUUAAAGAUAGCAACAGCAUUGAAAACAAUUACAACAUCGGUGACUACAACAACAAAAACGACAACAACAAAAACGACAACAACAAAAACGACAACAACAACAACAAAGUAGACAUCAACAUCAACGAAAACAUCAACAACAACAAUAACAUAAACAUCAUCAACAGCAACAACAACAACAACAACAACGUAAGCAUCAGCAACAACAACGUAAACAACAACAUCAUCAUCAACAACAACAUCGACAACAACCAAAAUGAUAACAAAACUAAUAAUGUAAACAACACCACCGAAGAUAUCAAUAGCAUCAACAAUCGCAACCUCCCUCCAGCAUAUUUAUUUAAAUUUUUUAGCGACCUCUACCAGGAAGCCAGUUUCGGUCAUACCAGAGAGCAUUUGGAUUGUGUUAAACUUCAAAGAAAGCAUUGCUGCAGUGAUGAUGAUAAUGACGGUGGUGGUGAUGGUAGAGGUGGUGUUGGUGGUUAUGACGAUUAUGAUAAUGAUUAUUCUAAAGGUUAUCAGGCAUUUAGUGGGGUCGAAGUUGAUGGUGGUGGUGGUGAUGAAGGUGAUGACGACGACGAUGAUGAUGAUAGUUCAUUUUUAAUUGCUGUUUCUUUGGUGGAAAGUGAACUUAAAUUAGCAAGAAGAUUGCCGGUUCUUAUGUGUUUGAAUUUGGCCCGCGAACAGAAAUACACGUCAAUGAAGUUCCUCACAUCAACACCAAAAACAUUAACAACACCCAAAACAUCAACAAAUGCCAGCACAACACGCAAUAUAUCAACACGCAACAUAUCAACACGCAACACAUCAACACGCAACACAUCAACUCUCAACACAUCAACUCUCAACAACACAUCAACUCUAAACACAUCAACAAAAUUCAACAGCAACACUUCUCCAUCUCCUACUACUGAUGCUAACAACAUCAACACCAAAGCAUCGGCUACUACUACUACCACCAUUGGUUACCAUAGUGAUAAGAAUAAUAAUAAUGACAAUAAUGACGUCAUCGUCAGUGGUGGACUGAUCAAAAGUGAACUGAUGUUUCAGUGGUUGGAUGGCGAUGCCCUACUCAAUCCUGGAAUAACGAGUAAAAUAGAAGGAUGUUCACUGGAGUAUAGUAGGAUGAUAAGGAACCAAAUUGGUCCAGAAAGUCCCGGUGUAAGGUUCCUCAAUAGAUUCUUCUUCUACAACGGUUGUGAUGAUUACCGACUGACCUGUGGUGAUGAUAACGAUGCUGGUGAAAUGGGUGGAGUUGAUGAUAAUGAUGAUGAGUUGGAUGGACUGAAGAAUUUUGAAUGUGUUAGGUGGCUGGAAGCGUACGUCAUAGAGAACAAACUGCCAUCCGAGUACGAAGAUGACGUGAGCAUAGAUAAAUUAAUCAGGCAGUCCGCCCAUCUCUCUUCCGAAGCUCUCAACCAACACAUCCCUACUCUGACGUCACUGAAGUGUUACUCACUGGCCGUCAGAGUUGUGAUUGAGGUUAGCACAUCUCUAAAGGACAACAGCAACAACACUAAUAUCGUUAACACCAGAAACAACAACAACAAAGAAAAUGAUAUCAAUAAAAUUAACAAUGAUAAUAUUACUGAUGACGUUAACGAUGUGCUAACAACUACAACAACGCCUCUAGCGACGACAGCUGCAAAAGCAACGGCAGAUGCAGCGCCAACGUCUGCUACAACUACUACCGCAAUAACUUCUACCACAACAGCCACAACUUCAUUGCUACCACCACUUCCAACAGCCACAAACUUGAAGCCUCUCACAACAAGCCUGCAAAGAACAUUGAAGGAAUGCGUCAAUGAUGAACUUACACCAUCCCGUCAACUGAUAUAUCAUCUAAUGAAGAAAUUGCGUAAUAAUAACAAGAAUUAUAACAAGAAUAAUAAAAAUAAUAAUAAUAACAAUAAUACUAAAAUUUAUAAUAAUAAUAUUACAACAGAUGACAAUGCUUUCCUUGUUUAUGAAAUCGCUUAUCAACUUAUUGGCCUUAAAUUCACUAUUGCAACUAAUAAUUAA